GUACUUCCGUGUUUACCGUCUCGUCCACGGCCAGCAGAGCUGCGGAAAUAAUCAUUACUGCCGUUAAUGGCGCUUUCAUGGCGCGAUAAGCACAAGCGAUAGCAGCGAUAUAAUACACACAACUGUCGAUCAAGGCGGCAUAUCUGAAGUUGUUGUCGUGUAGUGUGCUCGCUAUCCGCGCGGCUUUAGAGGAUUAAAGAGCGAUGAUGGCGUCCAGCUAUAACGCGAAGGAUGAGGAUCAUCAUCCGGGAUCGGUGGGCUCCGGCGGCCCCGGCGCCGUCAAGAGCAAGAAGCCCGAUAACACGGCCUUUAAACAGCAGCGUUUGCCCGCCUGGCAGCCCAUUCUGACCGCGGGCACCGUCCUGCCCGCCUUCUUCAUGAUCGGGGUCAUCUUCAUCCCCAUCGGCAUCGGACUCCUCGUUACCUCUAACAACAUCAAAGAGUUUGAGAUCGACUACACUGGUGUUGACAUGUCCAGUCCGUGUUUCAGCUGCUCGCAGAACUACAGCUGGAACAGCACUAGUGUGUGCACCUGCUCUGUGCCCUUCAUCCUGGACCAGCCUUUUGAGAGUAAUGUUUUUAUGUACUAUGGACUCUCCAACUUCUAUCAAAACCAUAGACGUUACGUUAAAUCAAGAGAUGACAGUCAGCUGAAUGGAGAUAAAAGCUCUUUACUGAACCCGAGUAAAGAGUGUGAACCCUAUCGAACGAGUGAUAAGAAGCCCAUUGCUCCCUGUGGUGCUAUUGCUAACAGUCUCUUCAAUGAUACUUUAGAGCUGUUUUAUAACCAUCCAAAUGGAAGCAGAAUAGCUAUUCAUCUGGUGAAGACGGGCAUUGCUUGGUGGACUGACAAACAUGUGAAGUUCAGAAACCCAGGAGGAAACAACAACAACCUUUCCAUUGUGUUCCACGAUACAAGUAAACCUGUAAACUGGCGCAGACCCGUUUACGAGCUGGACCCGUCUGAUCCUGACAACAACGGUUUCAUCAAUGAGGAUUUCAUCGUGUGGAUGAGAACUGCGGCUCUGCCCACCUUCAGAAAACUCUACCGCAUCAUUCAGAAGAAGAAGGACAACAUGACCCCAACACUACCGCCAGGAAACUACAGCCUGGAAGUGACCUACAAUUACCCAGUGCGCAGCUUUGAUGGCCGCAAGCGCAUGAUCCUCAGCACGAUUUCCUGGAUGGGAGGGAAGAACCCUUUCCUGGGCAUUGCCUACAUCACAGUGGGAUCCGUGUGUUUCUUCCUGGGAGUGGUGCUACUGAUCAUCCACCAUAAAUACGGCAACCGCAACAACAAUGCUGACAUUCCUAAUUAAGUGCGUAAUUAUCAGCACACCGCAGUCUGUACACUGACAUGAGAUUACGGUCUGGCGUAUCUCAUGCUCCUGUACACACACAGGUGACCAGAGGAACUACUUGCAAACUUAUUAUGUAUGCACUGGUUGUUUUCAAUUAUCUGUUUUAAGCAUUUAUUUCAUCCAUACCAAAGCUUUAUAUUUUAUGCUCUUUCUACAUGAAGUAUUUUAGAGUAACUGGAUGAUGUGUAGUCAUACAGUAGGACUGUAUUUAAAUGAAUCCAACCACAAAAACAUGUCCAGAUAUAUUUUACCCCCAAAUAAUAAUAAUAAUUAGUGCAUACAGACAAUGAAGCACUUUGUAUUGACUUUAUAGAUGCACAUAUUGUGCAAAAUUAGAAAUUCUUAUUUGAUUUUGAGGUGAAAUGUUUUUGACGGGCUUGUUGAAAUUCAUCCAUUUGGGAAUUAUUGCUAAUGAAUUUUUUAUUUUAUUUAUAAGAAUGCGUUAUUUCUGAUAGUUUGACUGGUCAGUAAGGAUUGAGUUACUUUAUUAUUUGAAAUGCUGAACUGUGCGUGUCUAGAUAUGCUUAAAGCAAGUGUGUUCAUUUUUUUUUUUUUUGUGAAAAACUUGUUCUGUGCAAUGUGUAUUUAAAAAGGAUAUGCGUGUGUGUUGCAACUACUAAGGAUCCUUUAUCAAGCUCAUGUCUGUUGUUGGGCCAAAGUCGUUUCAUUUGCUCAAGAGUUGUGUGAUAAUAAACAUCAAAUGCAUGAGU